ACCUGCACUCUCGCCAUAUUUUCAAUCCUGUUGAGACCCGCAGCCCGGUUUGCCACCAAGUUGACCAAGAGACCCCCUCACACAAGCCAGCAUAAAGUGUGAAAAGGAUCAGCUUCUUAGCAAAAAGGGACAUCUACGUUAGCUUCCCAGCUUUGUCUUUCUCUUCAUCCUGCAACCAUGAACAUCUUCAGACUGACAGGGGACCUCUCUCAUCUGGCUGCUAUCAUCAUCCUGCUGCUCAAAAUAUGGAAAACCAGGUCGUGUGCAGGUAUCUCUGGAAAGAGCCAAAUCCUGUUUGCAAUUGUGUUCACCACGCGCUACUUGGAUCUGCUCACCUCCUUCAUCUCCCUCUAUAACACAUGCAUGAAGGUGAUAUACAUCGGUUGUGCGUAUGCCACAGUCUACCUGAUCUACUUGAAAUUCAGGGCCACCUAUGACGGCAACCAUGACAGUUUCAGAGUGGAGUUCCUGGUGGUUCCUGUUGGAGGUCUCUCUGUUCUCAUCAACCAUGACUUCUCUUUCCUAGAGAUCCUUUGGACAUUCUCCAUCUACCUGGAGUCGGUGGCAAUCCUGCCUCAGCUCUUCAUGAUCAGCAAGACCGGCGAGGCAGAGACGAUCACCACCCACUACCUGUUCUGCCUGGGGAUGUAUCGAGCCCUCUAUCUCUUCAACUGGAUCUGGCGUUUCUACUUUGAGGGCUUCUUUGACAUGAUCGCUAUUGUGGCCGGCGUGGUCCAGACUGUCCUCUACUGUGACUUUUUCUACCUUUAUGUCACCAAAGUGUUGAAAGGCAAGAAGCUGAGUCUGCCAGCGUAAAACAUACAGGAGGCGAUGGCGACUCCCAGCAGACUCAGGGGGUGUGGAGAUGACAUCAUGGAAUCUCGUGACCUAUAGCAAAGGAUGCCUGAGGCAGAGAGCCAACUAACGGGGAAAAACACUAGUCUUCUUGAUGAUUGCUGAUGGAACUGGUAAAUGCCAACAAACACCAGAGCUGAACAAAGAUCAUCCCAGAUCAACCUUUGGAUUUCUGUGUUCAGCAUCUUGCCUUAAACUUCUUUUCAUUGCUGUUCAAUUAGGAGAAAAGGCUCUUUUUUUUUUGUUUUUUUUUUUACAUGUGAGGUGUAUACGCUUAUUUUUUUUAUUUCUUAUUUUUAUAAUGUCACAAAUAGGGUCGACUCUGAGAAGUACCUUGUUUGACUUGGUAAUGAAAUGCACAAAUGUACAGUCUUAUUAAAGAGUGAGAUAAAGAGUAAUGUUUCUGAGUGCCUCAUGAGGAUUAUGUCCAUUUUCUCACAGUAUUUUUUGGUUUAAUGAUUUUUUUUUUUAUCUUAAUCAUUGUUUGCAUAUGCUGUAACACAUGUAGCCUCUCAUGAAAACAUUUUAAAGAGGACACACAUCAUUUUUGUAAAAACAUUGCUUUCUGAAAUCACUCAAGACAACAUUUAAAAAAGAUUUUCUCUCUUCUAAAAAUCAAAACUUUUUUGUAAGUACAACUCAUUCAGUUUAAGAUAUAAACCAUAAAAUACCUAACUUUAACGCCAGCAGUCUUUUUGUCAUAGGUGUCGGUAUCUUCAAAUGUGGGUAUCUCAUUUGGAAUUCAACUUUCCAUGUGAUCUUUUUUUUUUCUUCAGCUUAGUGUAUCGAAGAAGCUAAAAUGCAUCAAUUGUUCUUCAGCUUUAAUAUAGAUUUCAUACAAUCUUAAAACAAUGCUACAUCCCAUUUUGGAUGUAGAUACAGCACAGACUUUGUUUCUGUCAUUACUGCACCCCAGUAACAAAGGCAUGAACACCUUCCAACAGUGGCUUGUCAAGGCUGAAAUCACUGACACAAAGCAAUAAUGAAUGACUGAAUGACGAUUACACUUAUCGUACCAAGAUGAGAAGUGUGCAGAUAUUUGACAUGAGAAUCCUCCAGCACUUUGACUGGUUGUGACAUCUUGGUCGUUAACUGUCUGGAGUGUGAACAUUAUGCUGCUCAGUAAGUGAGUAGAGAUUGUCAUGGUGUUCAUUGGGUACAUUUCUAUUAAAGGCCUCAUGUUAACUUCAACCUUUUCAAAUUUGCCAUUCCUAAAGGAUUAUUUCAACUUUUUAUGUGAUUUUUUUUUUUUUUUUUUUUU